AUGCACUCCCUGCUUGAAGGUGUAGAGCACAUCGAUAAUCCACAUGAAGUUCUUGAACAUCCUCCAUUCUUGCCGUCUGGACAAAGGCAGCUACAUCACCCGAGAGUCACCAUUUUUGAAACAGGAGGCCAAAUAUACAAAGCAACUCUUGUCUCUCUCUUGAAUGAGGAUCCACAAUUAUCCCAUGACAGGUACAAAAUUUUGCCGGCUUCUUUAAAACGCUAGAAAGCCUUAGUCACUUCAACUAAAUCUAAUUUUAACUGCAAUUAAGGCAUGAAUAAUAGAUAUAUGAUAUUAAUGUUAAAUCUUAUUUUUUGACUUAACCUUUUUAGACUGGUGAGAGUUUGCCAACGACAAGAAUAUCAUCGUGGAACAAGCAUGAUUGCUGGCAGGAGCAGAAGCCCCAAUAGGACAGGAGUUGCUUUGUUCGAUGAUUACGCUGUUGUAGACAGGCAUAGCCAGUCUUUCUUCAUCGGGAGUCUUUCUCGCAUGGUGCACGCAGGCAGUCAUGGGAGGCAAGAAUAUAAGCGCCCUGUGGCCUAUGACGAUCCAAAGAGGGAAUCUAUAACCUGCUAUUUUCAAGUUUGCCUGUGUCCGAGGAUGGACCCCUUUGUGUGCCUGACGAAGAGCUCGCGGAAACAAAAAGUGGUGUAG